GACAAACAGUGUUGUAAAAGAGGAAAAACAGUGCUGCCAAGCCGUGCAUAUAUAUAUUUUCGACAUCGACAUCCCUAAAAUCCAUUUAAGCCGCACACAACGCUCUGUUGUUUUUUUUCUCGGCUUGAUUUUUCACCGCCGCUAGUGGAUAUAAUACAAAAUAAAACAUUAAAAAACCAGUGGGUCGUGUCCGCCAAGUCGCCGGCAAGAAUAGAACGAGAUGCAUUUGGUGUCCGGCAAAGGAAACUAAUAUCCUCUACAUAUAAUGAUAUUUUGAUAAAAAUUUUCCGCAAAAACCAGAAUUUGACGCGAGUGCGGGAGAAAACGGAGAGGAAAACGGUUGUGAUCGCAUUGGAUUUUUGUCUAUAUAUAUAUAUAUUGAUUGACACACUCACACACACACACAUAUACACCGACUUGAAUUCGCAUACAAAUACAAAGAGAGAGGAGAAAGAGAGAGUGAAGAGAGCCAAGUGCUGCGGGACAUUCGCCAAAAAAAAAAGAAAAAUAAGAAAAAAAAAACAAGAACACUCAACAACCGACCGACUGGACGACCACAUCCGCCAGAGCUUCACACUGCAUCGGAUCGUUGGAGUCAAAGCUACGCGGAUUUAGAGAAGGAAUCAUCAGUGGUAUCAGAGGAAUCAGUGCGGAAUCAUGGCCUGGCGUUUCAAGGCAUCCAAAUACAAGAAUGCCGCACCCAUUGUACCCAAGGCGGAGGCCUGUGUACGGGAGAUAUGUGUCGGUAGUUACCAGACUUAUGGUAAUAAUAUAGCCGCAUCGGCGGCCUUCAUGGCCUUCAAUUGGGAGCACACGGGAUCGAGUGUGGCGGUCCUGCCGCUGGACGAUUGCGGCCGGAAGAGCAAGACCAUGCCCCUGCUCCAUGGGCAUACGGACACAGUGACCGACUUGAAAUUCUCGCCAUUCCAUGAUGGUCUAUUGGCCACAGCAUCGCAGGAUUGCCUGGUAAAAAUCUGGCAUAUUCCGGAAAAGGGUCUGGAGCAGUCACUAUCCGAUCCGGAGGCGGUCUUCUCACACAAGCAGCGACGCGUUGAGACGGUGGGCUUCCAUCCCACAGCCGAUGGACUCAUGUAUUCCACAGCAGCCGGUUGUGUGGCUCUCUUCGAUCUAAGCGCCCAAAAGGAGAUAUUCUCUAACAAUGAACAUCCGGAGGUCAUACAGUCGGCCAGUUGGCGCGAAGAUGGCUCCAUUUUGGCCACCAGCUGCAAGGAUAAGUUUGUCCGCAUCUUUGAUCCUCGCGCCGCCGGCUCACCCAUCCAGCUAACGGCCGAAUCGCAUCAGAGCAUCAAGGAUUCCCGGGUCGUUUGGCUUGGAAAUCAAUCACGCAUCCUCACCACCGGCUUCGAUGCCGCUCGACUGCGUCAGGUGAUCAUCCGGGAUUUGCGAAACUUCAACGUGCCGGAGAAGACACUCGAAUUGGACUGUUCGACGGGUAUACUGAUGCCAUUGUUCGAUCCGGACACUAAUAUGCUCUUCCUGGCCGGAAAGGGUGACACCACCAUCAACUAUGUGGAAGUUACGGACAAGGAUCCGUAUCUAAUCGAGGGACUACGGCACACCGGCGAACAAACCAAGGGCGCCUGUCUGGUGCCGAAGCGAGCUCUCAAAGUGAUGGAGGCGGAGGUGAAUCGUGUACUCCAAUUGACCUCCAAUAUGGUCAUACCGAUAAUGUACCAGGUGCCGCGGAAGACAUAUCGCGAUUUUCAUGCCGAUCUCUAUCCGGAGACCACCGGCUACAAGACCGAUCUGGUGGCCAGCGAGUGGCUGAAUGGCAGCAACCAGCCGGUGCCCAAGAUGAGUCUCGAUCCUGUCAAGCGUGAGCACGGCGAUGAGCCGAUUAUUAUCCAUCGGGGCAAUCUCAGCGACCUGGUCAAGAAUCUGGAGAAUCUGCGAUCGAAGGGAUCGACUGGCAAUGGAAAGCGGAACGACAACGAGCACUUUGUGAUGCUCAGCAUGGAGAAGAAUGGCAAUGACACCGGCAACGAUCAGAGCCAGAAUGGCCAGAAGAAGAUGAUGGCCACAACACCAUCACAGCCGGACGGUGAGUGCAGUGAGCUCAUCCGGAAAUUUGAGGCCAAAUACAAGGUGGACAUGGCACCGGCACAUGCCGCCGGCCAAUCCCAUGUCCAGCACUCCCAGGAGGGUGAUAAGGAGUCACCCACCGAUCAGGAGCAUUCCACCGGCAGUAGCGAGGAGGCCUCAUCCUCGAGGGGAUUGGAUAAUACGGUAUCAGGUGGCAAUUCACCCCCCAAGCCCAUGCCCCGUACUUCGCGCAACAAUUCCCUGCCGGAGGCGAGCGAUUCCGCUGGGGAGAGUAGUGGAGCAGCCACGCCCCGUCCCAGGCCACGGACCACAGCUGCAUCGGCGUACAAGCCACGCCUCGGACCGAAGCCCUUCUCCAGCACCACCGGCGACGUAUCGUUCGACAAGGUCUUUGCCGUUCCCCUGGCACCGGGAUCUCACGAGAAUAUAUCCAGCGUUGGACAGGACACCGGUGUGGACAUCAUACCACCCGCCCAGGUGGCCAAGCCCGAUCUUAUUGUGGAGAUCGAGAUAAAAAAGAAACACGAACGAGAGCAGCCAGUGGCCGGUAAUGGAGUACAGAAGUCGCUGACCACCUCGGAGCGGCGCAAGUCCUCGGCCGACGAUGAUGAAUCAUCCGACAAGAUCUUUGAGCAGAACUCCGAGUCGUCGGAGAACUCCACGGAGAGCGAGGAUCGGGCCGAUGCUGCGGAUCUCCGCCGGUUGUCCACAGCCCGGAGCAGUAUUGCCGAUCGCCGGCGCCUCUACGAGAGCCGUUCCAAGAGCCAGGUGGACGAGAAGGCCCAGUCGCCAGUGCCAUUGCGUCGGGAGCACUCCAAAGUGGAGAUGCUGAAGCCAGCCCUGCAGCAGCAGCAGCAGCAGCCGGGCAAUGUUAUCGACACCAAACGGAUCUCCGUACCGGAGGGCAAGCUACUCGAAGAGCAUCGUCGUGGCAAUGGUUCCACCGCCGUCGCCGGACUGAAGAAGUCCGCCACGGAUACAGCGUUCAGUGCCGCCAGCACCAAGCGGACCUCUACCGUAUUCGGCAAAGUGUCCAAGUUCCGGCACUUGAAGGGAACACCCGGCCACAAGUCCACGCACAUCGAGAACUUGCGCAAUCUGAGUCGCCAGAUACCGGGCGAAUGCAAUGGCUUCCAUGCCAACCAGGAGCGUGUUGCUGUUCCGUUGUCGGGACCAGGCGGAAAGAUUGCUAUUUUCGAACUGAGCCGCCCGGGACGAUUGCCGGACGGUGUGAUCCCAUCGCUGGUCAAUGGCGGCAAUAUUAUGGACUUCCAGUGGGAUCCGUUCGAUGCCCAUCGAUUGGCGGUGGCCUGUGACGAUGGCAUCGUCAAGAUCUGGCACAUUGCCGCCGGCGGAUUGACUGAACCGACCAAUACACCCGCCGGAGAGUUGACGGCCCACAUGGACAAGAUAUACUUUAUCCGCUUCCAUCCCCUGGCCGCCGAUGUCCUGCUGACCGCCAGCUAUGACAUGACCAUCAAGCUAUGGGACUUGAACACCAUGACCGAACGGAUCUCGUUGUCCGGCCAUACGGAUCAUCAGAUCUUUGACUUUGCCUGGAGUCCGUGCGGACGUUUGGGCGCCACCGUUUGCAAGGAUGGCAAGAUUAGGGUCUACAAUCCCCGUAAAUCGGAGACACCCAUCCGGGAGGGUAAUGGACCGGUGGGAACGCGCGGUGCUAGGAUUACUUGGGCGCUAGAUGGCCAGUAUAUCGUCUGUACCGGAUUUGAUAAGGUAUCGGAGCGACAGAUUAGCGUCUAUAAUGCACAGAAGCUGUCGGCGCCCUUGAAGACGACCAGCUUGGAUGUGUCGCCCUCGAUCCUGAUCCCAUUCUACGACGAGGAUAGCUCCACACUGUUCGUCACCGGCAAGGGCGACUCCACCAUCUACUGUUACGAGAUCACCGACGAGGAACCGUACAUAUGCCCGCUGUCGCAUCAUCGAUGCACAUCGCUGCACCAGGGCCUCAGUUUCCUGACCAAGAACCACUGCGACGUGGCCAGUGUCGAGUUCUCCAAGGCCUAUCGGCUAACCAACACCACAAUCGAGCCGCUCAGCUUCACAGUGCCACGAAUUAAGAGUGAGCUCUUCCAAGACGAUCUAUUCCCACCCACCCGCAUCACCUGGAGCGCCACAAUGAGUGCCGAGGACUGGUUCUCCAGCAACGACAAGGCCGCUCCGAAAGUCAGCCUAAAGCCCGAAGGAAUGGAGACAUUGUCCUCCAUCCAACAAGUGACAGUACAGCCCGUCAAGAAGACGGAUCACUCUCAUUUCGGUGGCCAGAAGUCCGAGUACGAGAGCAACAAGCAACAGGAGAUCCAGAAGUCGGUUAGUGCGCGCAUGGAGUUCACCACGAAACUGGAGCAGGACGACAUGGAGGGCGUGGACGAGAACGAGUGGCAGGAGUAGUAGUGCCAGAUCACAAACACUUCACAACCAUAGCGUUUAAAGAAAAAAACAAUCUAAAAUCGUAUAACUGGGAGUAAUUUUUUUUUUAUUUUUACCAAACUUUGACAUGACAAAAAAAAAAAACAACCAGAGUGGAUCAUAAAAGAUAUAGCUUCUAUAUAAUUUCGUAUAUAUAGAUAACUUGUAGUUAAGCUGAAAGUAAAACUAAAAACAGGAUCAUCAAAAACGACACACACACACACACAGAACUAGACACCUACACCAACACCUACAUAUAUAUGUUAUGUAUCCUUUUAGUCCUUUGUUCAGUUCCUCACUCCUCCAGUUGCUCAAUAUUUGCCAAAUUAUCAUUAAUAAGCCGAUUUCGUUCGUUUUUGUUUGCCGUUAAUAUUUAAUUUUUUAUUAAUUUUUCUCUUUAAUCAUUUUUUUCGAGUGUAAUCUUCGAGUUUAAUUGACAUUUUUUGUAUUGUUUUUUUUUUGUUUGUGUGCUAUUUAAGUAGUUAGUGCGAAAUUAGUUAAGCCUUAUUCUAUAUACGAUUCAGUUUAUUUUGUGGCCAUAUUUUUAUAAAAAACAAAAAAAAAAACAAAAAGGAUAUAGCUGAUACUACACAUACACGGAGAAAAAAAGAAGGAGGAAUCCUGUUUGAAAGCGUGUGUGUGAGCGAGAGAGUGUAUGCUUGUGCCUGUCUGUCUCCCUCUAUCUCAA